UCGUGUCGCUUGCCGUAGUGUGGGCGUGGCUAGCUUGCUGUGGUUCCACGUCACUCCAUAGAUUCAGACUCCAUCAUCGGACACGGAUAUAGUCAAAAAGCGUUGACAGAAACUUGAAGGGAAUCGCAUUACUCAUUUCAGCCUGCUGUCUGCUGAAGGGACGAGGAUCUGUCCAGCACCAUGACCGCUGCGGAGAACGUGUGUUACACCCUGAUCAACGUCCCGAGUGACUCUGAGCCUCCGUCAGAAGUCAGCCUUAAAGCUGAUCUAGAAAAGGGGGAGAUAAAAGCCAAGACGGAGGCCUUGAAGAAAGUCAUCAUCAUGAUCCUGAACGGCGAGAAGCUGCCCGGUCUGCUGAUGACCAUCAUCCGCUUUGUGCUUCCUCUUCAGGACCACACCAUCAAAAAGCUGCUCCUGGUCUUCUGGGAGAUUGUCCCUAAAACCACUCCUGAUGGGAAACUGCUUCAGGAGAUGAUCCUGGUGUGUGAUGCCUAUAGGAAGGACCUUCAGCAUCCGAAUGAGUUUAUCCGUGGAUCCACACUGCGCUUCCUGUGUAAGCUGAAGGAGGCGGAGCUUCUGGAGCCAUUGAUGCCGGCCAUCCGUGCCUGUCUGGAACAUCGCCACAGUUAUGUCCGGCGCAACGCCGUCCUCGCCAUCUACACCAUCUACAGAAAUUUUGAACAUUUAAUCCCUGAUGCUCCAGAGCUGAUCCACGACUUUCUUGUGAAUGAGAAAGAUGCGAGUUGUAAAAGAAAUGCGUUCAUGAUGCUGAUCCACGCUGAUCAGGACAGAGCUCUGGAUUAUCUCAGCACGUGUAUUGAUCAGGUUCACACGUUCGGAGACAUUCUUCAGCUGGUGAUCGUUGAACUGAUCUACAAGGUGUGUCAUGCUAACCCAUCAGAGCGAGCUCGCUUCAUCCGCUGCAUCUACAACCUGCUGCAGUCGUCCAGUCCAGCUGUGAAAUAUGAAGCUGCUGGAACUCUGGUCACUCUGUCCAGUGCACCGACUGCCAUCAAGGCUGCGGCUCAGUGUUAUAUUGACCUGAUCAUUAAGGAGAGUGACAAUAACGUGAAGCUGAUCGUACUGGACCGCCUGAUCGAGCUGAAGGAGCAUCCCACUCACGAGCGCGUGCUGCAGGACCUGGUGAUGGACAUACUAAGAGUUCUGACCACUCCUGACCUGGAGGUGCGCAAGAAGACGCUGCAACUGGCGCUGGACCUGGUGUCGUCUCGUAAUGUGGAGGAGUUGGUCAUUGUGCUGAAGAAGGAAGUGAUAAAGACCAACAAUGUGACUGAACAUGAGGACACUGAUAAAUACCGGCAGCUGUUGGUGAGAACUCUCCACUCCUGCAGUGUCCGCUUCCCUGACAUGGCUGCGAACGUCAUCCCUGUGCUGAUGGAGUUCCUCAGUGACACUAACGAAGCAGCUGCUGCUGAUGUGCUGGAGUUUGUGCGUGAAGCUAUACAGAGGUUCGACUCGCUCCGAGCGCUCAUCAUAGAGAAAAUGCUGGAAGUUUUUCACGCCAUUAAAACAGUCAAGAUUUACAGAGGAGCACUGUGGAUUCUAGGAGAGUACUGCAGCACCAAAGAGGACAUCCAAAGUGUGAUGACUGAAGUGCGGCGGUCACUUGGAGAGAUCCCCAUAGUAGAGAAUGAGAUAAAGAAGGAGGCGGGGGAGCUGAAGGUGGAGGAGGAGGUGAGCGCAGCACCUGUACAGAAGCUGGUCACUGAAAUGGGAACCUAUGCCACUCAGAGCGCUCUCAGCUCAAACAGACCCUCUAAGAAAGAAGAGGACAGACCUCCUCUGAGGGGUUUCCUGCUGGAUGGGGAUUUCUACGUCGCAGCGUCUCUCGCCACCACACUGACUAAAAUAGCGCUGCGCUAUAUCGCCAUUGUUGCAGACAAGAAGAAGCAAAACUCAUUUGUAGCUGAAGCCAUGCUGAUCAUGGCCACCGUCCUACACCUGGGGAAAUCCUCACUGCCCAAGAAGCCGAUCACAGACGAUGAUGUGGAGCGACUCUCUCUGUGCUUAAAGGUUCUGGCCGAGUCCUCUCACGAGUCACUAAUGAGCGACAUCUUCAACAAGGAGUGCCGCAGGUCCCUGUCUCACAUGCUGACCGUCCGGCUGGAGGAGGAGAAACUGUCUCAGAAGAAAGAAUCAGAGAAGCGUAAUGUGACGGUGCAGGCCGACGACCCCAUCUCCUUCAUGCAGCUCACAGCCAAGAACGAGACCAGCUCCAAAGAAGACCAGUUCCAGCUCAGUCUGCUAGCCGCUAUGGGCAACACGCAGAGGAAGGAAGCGUCCGAUCCACUCGCCUCCAAACUCAACAAGGUAACGCAGCUGACUGGUUUCUCAGAUCCAGUGUAUGCUGAAGCUUAUGUUCACGUUAACCAGUAUGACAUUGUGCUGGACGUGCUGGUGGUCAACCAAACAAGUGACACCCUCCAGAACUGCACUUUGGAACUGGCCACACUGGGUGACCUGAAGCUGGUGGAGAAGCCGUCUCCUCUCACUCUCGCUCCUCAUGACUUUGCCAACAUCAAGGCCAACGUCAAAGUGGCUUCCACAGAAAAUGGCAUCAUAUUCGGGAAUAUUGUGUAUAAUGUGUGUGUGUGUGUGUGUGUUUGUGUGUGUGUGUGGUGUUUUGCAGUGUAUGACGUGUCAGGAGCAGCCAGUGACAGGAACUGUGUGGUUCUCAGUGACAUCCACAUUGACAUCAUGGACUACAUCCAGCCUGCUUCGUGCACAGAUGCUGAGUUCAGGCAGAUGUGGGCCGAGUUUGAGUGGGAGAACAAGGUUACGGUGAACACCAACAUCACCGAGCUGAAUGAAUAUCUUCAGCAUAUUCUCAGCUCCACCAACAUGAAGUGUUUAACUCCAGAGAAGGCUCUCUCUGGUGUUUGUGGUUUCAUGGCUGCCAACCUGUAUGCUCGCUCCAUCUUUGGUGAGGAUGCUCUGGCUAACGUGAGCAUCGAGAAACCCAUCCAUCUCGGACCUGAGGCUCCGGUCAAUGGCCAUAUUCGCAUCCGUGCUAAGAGCCAGGGCAUGGCCUUGAGUCUGGGAGAUAAGAUUAAUCUGUCUCAGAAGAAGACCAUCUCAUAAAGCUUAAAGCCCUCAGUAGGCGAUGUUCGGCUUGUUCUUCUUUACUUCAUUUUUCCUUUAUCACUCCGUUUCACUUGUGUUCACAUCAUUGCUGUGACUGGAAUAAAACCAGUAAGAAAUGUGUGGUAUUUCAUCCAAAUAAAACUCUUAAUGUAUCUUCAUUUAUCUGUAAUAUGUACCAAUAAAUAUCACCAGACCAUCAA